UUGAUUGUGAAUGUCAACAAAACACAUGUCAUUGAGGAUUUGGUGUACUUAUAUUCAGUAGCAUUGACAACAUGUCUGUGUACAGAGGAGCCCUCAGACGUUUAAUGAGGGCAUACCCAACACUGAAUCUGCGGAUUGCUGUUAGUCCCUCCCAACAUGAAGCGGACGUGGUAUUGCCAGGGCUUCGGUAUGAAGACAUUGACUAUACAGGGCAGCCAGACAUCUGGAGGAUCUACGAUAUGAUGGGAAGAGUUGAGUUCGCUGCCUUCUUUCAAGAUUACCCAUUCAUAGACUUCACCUCUCUUUACAAGAAGGGAAUAGGCGCCUUUGCCAAAGCCGUCAGGCUAGAGAUAAAAAAAGGCUUUUAUCAGACAACAACACCCAAAGCUCCCCUGCAUGUGCAUCUGAAGCUCGACCACAUAGGGGAGACAACUUUCACCAUCAAGUCUUCCCUAUCAACAGGCGGGAAACACACACCAUCGGUAAACAUACAGAGUCUGUACACGCUGCAACAUGUUGAGAGCAAAUUGGUUGAGAAGAUACCCGACUGGUGGAGAAUAAAGUUCGCACCUCAGAUUUCAGUAGAUGCUCAGAAACUUGUCAUCUAUCCUCCGAUGGAUAUUCCGGAAAAGGUCUUUUCCCACUCACUCACUGUCCCACGGAUAGACACAGAUAUACACACACGGACACGAUGUUCAUCGUAUGCAAAGUAUUUCAUGGAUAACGCAAGCAUCGCAUCACACAGAGCAUUUUAUCCUAAUAUCUCAACAUCUUUUCAUGAACUGCUUGUCAAGAAGAUGAAAAUGGUGUAUUUUUCUGCCAGCAGCUGGGGGGAUACAUUGACAGCGGAAACAUGGGAGGAUGAGGAGAUUCCACGGACAUUACACUGUAAUGUCAUUAAACAGGGACAUCACAUCUGGUACGGAUCAAUGGUUUUUCAUUCAGAACCUUCUGACCUCUCCGAACCAAGCUUAACAACGAUUUGAUAAUGAUUUUGGCUUGAAAUUCACUUCCAACCGUGCUUAAAGUAUACAGUUAAAAUCAAAUUUGCAUCUGUGACAUCUUUUCCAACAAACAAUUUCAACAUAUGAGGCUAUUAGGCUGUUUAUUGUUAUUUUGUUUGAGGGAAACAGUAUAAAAAGAUAACGGUAAUGAUAAAAUGAAACACAUUCACUAACAGUUCAUGAGUGAGUGAGUAUAGGUUUACACCGCUUUUAGCAAUAUUCCAGCAAUAUCA